AUGAGCCACCACCCUGCGCCUGCUACGGCAGUUAAAUUAGUGUUACUCGGAGAGGCAGCCGUCGGGAAAUCAUCGUUGGUGUUACGAUUCGUGUCAAACGACUUCCAAGAGAACAAAGAGCCAACCAUCGGGGCCGCUUUCCUAACACAAAAAUGCACAAUUGGCGAUCGCACCAUCAAGUAUGAGAUUUGGGAUACCGCUGGUCAGGAGAGAUUUGCUUCGUUGGCUCCGAUGUACUAUAGAAACGCCCAGGCUGCCGUGGUAGUCUACGAUAUAACCAAGCCGGCAUCCUUCAUCAAGGCAAGACACUGGGUGAAGGAAUUGCACGAGCAAGCAAGCAAGGACAUAACCAUUGCGUUGGUGGGCAACAAAUACGACUUGGUUGAAGACGAGCCGGAAUCAGCAGACGGGGAGCUGUUGCGGAAAGUGAGUUUUGAAGAGGGGCAGGCCUUGGCAGAUGAAGAAGGGCUACUUUUCUUUGAAACCAGUGCUAAAACCUCGCAUAACGUCAAUGAAGUAUUUAUUGGAAUCGGGGAAAAGAUACCCGACACAAGCCUGGCCAGGCAAGGCGGCUCGCAGCCUUCCUCGAAUGAAGGCAGAAUCGACUUGAGCACAAAUGCCAAUACCGGCGAUGCUAGAAGUUCCUGUUGCUGA